GAACAUGCACAGAUGGGAACUUGAUGCUGUGUUGGAUGUUCUAACCAUGUGCAGCUGCCACCUGCCUCAAACCGAUCCAGUUAGGAAUGAGAUCUUGCAAAGGAGACAAGCUUUGCAAAGGUACAGCCAUAUAUUGAGUGUAGAUCAUCACCAUGGAAGCUGGCAAGAGGUUGAAGCUGAGUGUAAGCAAGAUCCUGAAGGCUUAGCACUAAGAUUAGCUGGGAAAGGAGCUGUUUCGGCUGCUUUAGAAGUAGCUGAAAGUGCUGGAUUAUCAGCAGAAUUGCGGAGAGAACUUCAGAGCCGACAGCUUGUGAAACUUCUCACGGCAGAUCCUUUGAAUGGUGGAGGUCCUACUGAAGCUUCUCGUUUUUUGUCAUCGUUACGUGACUCUGAUGCUGCUCUACCAGUUGCCGUGGGUGCAAUGCCACUGUUACCAAACCUGCGGUCAAAACAACUUCUUGUUCACUUCUUCUUGAAGCGAAGAGAUGGGAAUCUGUCAGAUGUAGAGGUUUCUCGACUUAACUCAUGGGCGUUAGGUCUUCGUGUUCUGGCUGCCUUGCCACUACCAUGGCAGCAACGGUGUUCUUCCUUGCAUGAGCACCCACAUUUAAUAAUGGGUCUGCUGAUGAGGAAACAACUACAAUCUGCCUCGCUGAUCCUUAAAGAGUUUCCUUCUUUGAGAGACAACAGUGUAAUUAUGUCAUAUGCUGCUAAAGCUAUUGCCAUCAGUAUCAGCUCUCCGACUCGGGAGCCUCGGAUAUCUGUUCCUGGACCAAGGCCAAAACCGAAAACGAAACCAGGUGCACCUGCAAGGUCAUCAUUCACUGGUAGUUUAAGCAACUUGCAAAAAGAAGCCCGUAGAGCUUUUUCUUGGGCUCCACGUAAUACUGGGGAGAAGACUGCUCCCAAAGAUGUUUAUCGUAAAAGGAAGAAUUCUGGCUUGCCACCUUCUGAAAGAGUUGCAUGGGAGGCUAUGGCUGGGAUUCAAGAGGAUCGUGUGUCAUCAUAUGCAGAUGGGCAAGAGCGGCUUCCUUCUGUCUCAAUUGCUGAGGAAUGGAUGCUAACAGGUGAUACUAGUAAAGAUGAAGCUGUGCGAGCAUCUCACAGAUAUGAAAGUUCCCCUGACAUUAUUCUCUUCAAGGCACUGCUUUCCUUAUGUUCUGAUGAGUUUGUGUCUGCUAAAAGUGCCCUAGACUUGUGUGUUAAUCAGAUGAAGACUGUUUUGGGCUCCAAGCAGUUGCCUGAGAAUGCGUCGAUGGAAACAAUUGGUCGAGCAUAUCAUGCAACGGAGACAUUUGUCCAGGGACUAAUCUAUGCUAAAUCGCUGCUGAGGAAACUUACUGAGGGCAGCGAUUUGUCCAAUAAUUCUGAAAGAAGCAGGGAUGCUGAUGAUGCAUCCUCUGAUGCUGGUAGCUCAAGGCAGUCCGCAGAUGAGUUAUCUGAAGUUAUGUCUCAAGCAGAAGUUUGGGUGGGACGUGCUGAGCUUCUUCAAAGCCUUCUGGGAUAUGGAAUAGAUGCUUCUCUUGAUGAUAUUGCUGACAAGGAGUCUUCUGGACAUCUCCGUGACAGGUUGAUUGUUGAUGAACGGUACAGCAUGGCUGUGUAUACUUGCAGGAAGUGUAAGAUUGAUGUUUUUCCUGUGUGGAUUGCAUGGGGACGUGCUUUGAUUCAUAUGGAGCACUAUGCACAAGCACAUGUAAAGUUUAAGCAAGCUCUUCAACUUUACAAGGGUGAUCCUGCACCUAUCAUUCUAGAGAUCAUUAAUACAAUUGAAGGUGGUCCCCCGGUGGAAGUUUCAGCUGUUCGUUCCAUGUACGAACAUUUGGCCAAAAGUGCACCCACAAUCUUGGAUGAUUCUCUUUCUGCUGAUUCAUAUCUCAAUGUUUUGUGCAUGCCAUCUACCUUCCCUCGUUCAGAGAGAUCAAGGCGAUCUCAGGCAUCCACAAAUAGCAAUUCUUCAUAUGGCCCUGAUUUUGAAGAUGGGCCACUUAGUAACUUGGACAGUGCUCGUUAUACUGAGUGUGUGAACUAUUUGCAAGAAUAUGCUUCUCAGCAUUUGCUUGGGUUUAUGUUUAAGCAUGGCCACCUCAACGAUGCAUGCUUGUUAUUCUUUCCUCCUAAUGGUGUUCCUACACCUGCUCAACCUUCAACAAUGGGAGUAGUAGCUUCAUCAUCGUCCCCUCAAAGAUCAGAUCCUUUGACAACUGAUUAUGGAACCAUUGAUGAUUUGUGUGACUUGUGCAUUGGGUAUGGUGCUAUGCCAGUUCUGGAGGAAGUGAUUUCACAAAGAAUUUCAGUUGCAAAGGAACAGAAUGCAUUAAUAAAUCAAUAUACAGCUGCUGCCCUUGCUCGUAUUUGCACAUAUUGUGUAACUCAUAAGCACUUUACUUAUCUAUACAAGUUUCAGGUAAUCAAGAAGGACCAUGUUGCAGCUGGGCUCUGUUGUAUCCAGUUAUUUAUGAAUUCUUCUUCUCAAGAAGAAGCUAUCAGACAUUUGGAACAUGCUAAGAGGCAUUUUGAUGAGGGGUUAUCUGCACGAUACAAAGGUGGAGAAUCUACCAAACUUGUCAUGAAGAGUGUUAGAGGAAAAAGUGCCUCUGAGAAGCUUACUGAAGAAGGACUUGUGAAGUUUUCGGCUAGAGUAUCAAUCCAGGUGGAAGUUGUGAAAACUUUUAAUGACUCAGAGGGACCGCAGUGGAGACAUUCACUUUUUGGAAAUCCAAAUGAUCAAGAAACCUUUAGGAGGAGGUGUGAAAUUGCAGAAACUCUUGUUGAGAGGAACUUUGAUUUGGCAUUCCAAGUUAUUUAUGAAUUUAAUCUUCCAGCUGUUGACAUAUAUGCCGCUGUUGCUGCAUCGCUUGCUGAAAGAAAAAAGGGCAACCAGUUGACCGAAUUUUUCAGAAAUAUUAAAGGAACAAUUGAUGAUGAUGAUUGGGAUCAGGUGUUAGGGGCUGCAAUUAAUGUGUAUGCUAACAAACACAAGGAGCGCCCCGACCGUCUCAUUGACAUGCUAACCAGUAGUCACAGGAAAGUGCUGGCAUGUGUGGUUUGUGGUCGCCUAAAAAGUGCCUUCCAGAUUGCUUCUCGGAGUGGAAGCGUGGCUGAUGUUCAAUAUGUUGCACACCAGGCUUUACAUGCCAGUGCUCUUCCCGUGCUUGAUAUGUGUAAGCAAUGGCUUUCUCAGUACAUGUAACUUGUUGCUCGACAAUAUUUUUGCUACUUGUGUAUUCACACGGUUGCCAACUCCACUACUACAAGAAUCUGAUGGCUGCUUUGUGUUCCGAAACCGACAAAAACAGCGAUUUGAAUUGGU